CUUGAACUUCAUUCGUUCUAAACCCUUCACUCUUCAUUUCACUCUUUCAUUCAUUCAAUUAUCAUCAUGUCUAUCACUUCCUUCAAAUCCCUAACAAUGGCCGAAUCCCGCUUUCUAUCUUCACCUUCUUUACUCUUCAACUCCAAAACCAAAUCCACCUUUUUCUCACUUCCCUCCAAACCCCUCAAACUCCAUCUCAAUUCUUCUCUCUCCCUCACCAAAACCAAAACCAACCGUUCUCCCGUUCGCCUCUUCGUCGCGCAAACUUCUGAUUGGGCUCAACAAGAAGAAGGAGACACACUCGCCACCCUACCAGACGAACAACCUGCCACUGAAACCGCCGCCGACGAAUUUCAGAGCGGUGAAGAACAAUCUUAUGAAGAAGGUUUUGCUGAACCUUCCGAAGACGCCAAAUUGUUCGUUGGAAACUUGCCUUACGAUGUUGAUAGUGAGAAAUUGGCUAUGCUUUUUGAACAGGCUGGAACCGUUGAGAUUGCUGAGGUUAUUUAUAACAGGGAAACUGACCAGAGUCGUGGAUUUGGAUUUGUAACCAUGAGUACCGUUGAAGAAGCUGAGUCUGCUGUUGAGAAGUUUAAUAGCUAUGAUUAUGAUGGAAGACCGUUGACUGUGAAUAAGGCUUCUCCAAAAGGAUCUCGGCCUGAGCGAGCUGAGCGUCCACCUCGUAGCUUUGAACCAGUCAUAAGAGUUUAUGUUGGUAACUUGCCAUGGGAGGUUGAUAAUUCGAGGCUUGAACAAGUUUUCAGCGAACAUGGUAAGGUUGUGAGUGCUCGGGUUGUCUAUGAUAGAGAUACUGGUCGAUCACGCGGAUUUGGCUUUGUCACAAUGUCUGAUGAAAAGGAAAUGAAUGAUGCCAUUGCUGCUCUUGAUGGUCAGAGUUUGGAGGGGAGGACAAUAAGAGUGAGUGUUGCUGAGGACCGGCCUAGGCGUGGCUCCUUUUAAGCAGUACCUCAAUUAACCGUCUAUGUCGAAUUCUGGAGUUAUUUAUCUGUUUUAAUAGCUGAGGAUAUAGUGUUAAUUCUUCUUAUAUAGUUUUAUUCUCUGGCAGCAAGUUCCAUGCUAGAUUUGCGUAUUUUACUGUUAUUUAUUUGGUCGGAUUAGGAGCAAGUUUUCUUGCUUUUUCUUUUGGCUAUUUGCUACAAUUUAUGAAAUGUGAAAGACAGGGGAGUGGGGUUCGAGUAGGGUGUUCCUCUUGCCUGUAAAUUUUCUGCUAUGUGUUAUAGAACUUAAAUUAAUUUAGAUAAAUUGCUUAUUUUUUGUCA